AUGGCGUCCGAGUCGGUGAAGGUGGUGGUGCGCUGCCGGCCCAUGAACCAGCGCGAGCGGGAGCUCCGCUGCCAGCCCGUGGUGACGGUGGACUGCGCGCGCGGUCAGUGCUUCAUCCAGAACCCCGGCGCCGCCGACGAGCCGCCCAAGCAGUUCACCUUCGACGGCGCCUACUACGUGGACCAUUUCACUGAGCAGAUCUACAACGAGAUCGCCUACCCGCUGGUGGAGGGAGUCACUGAAGGCUACAAUGGCACCAUCUUUGCCUACGGCCAGACGGGCAGCGGGAAGUCCUUCACCAUGCAGGGCCUGCAAGACCCCCCCUGCCAGAGAGGCAUCAUCCCCAGAGCCUUUGAGCAUGUGUUUGAGAGCGUCCAGUGUGCAGAGAACACCAAGUUCCUGGUCCGAGCCUCCUACCUGGAGAUCUACAAUGAAGACGUCCGUGACCUGCUGGGCACUGACACCAAGCAGAAACUGGAGCUGAAGGAGCACCCUGAGAAGGGAGUAUACGUCAAGGGGUUGUCCAUGCACACGGUGCACAGCGUGGCCCAGUGUGAGCGUGUCAUGGAGACUGGCUGGAAGAACCGUGCUGUUGGCUACACUCUGAUGAACAAGGACUCCUCGCGUUCCCACUCCAUCUUCACCAUCAGCAUUGAGAUCUAUGCCGUCGAUGAGCGGGGCAAGGACCACCUCUGUGCGGGCAAGCUCAACCUGGUGGAUCUCGCUGGUAGCGAGCGACAGUCCAAGACUGGGGCCACGGGGGAGCGGUUGAAGGAGGCCACCAAGAUCAACCUGUCAUUGUCGGCGCUGGGCAAUGUCAUCUCAGCCCUGGUGGAUGGACGCUGCAAGCACAUCCCCUACCGCGACUCGAAACUGACUCGGCUGCUACAGGACUCGCUGGGCGGCAACACGAAGACGCUAAUGGUGGCUUGCUUGUCCCCUGCUGACAACAACUACGACGAGUCCCUCAGCACGCUGCGCUACGCCAACCGGGCCAAGAACAUCAAGAACAAGCCGCGCAUCAACGAGGACCCCAAGGAUGCCCUCCUCCGCCAGUAUCAGGAGGAGAUCAAGAGGCUGAAGGCAAUCCUGGCCCAGCAGAUGGGCCCUGGCCACCUGUCAGGAAUAGGCCAGCCUGACCUUCCCAGCAGCUGUUGGUUCACCACCCACUCCCCGACUGUGGCUGCUCACUUGUCAUCCCCCUGUCUGCUGCUGUCUCGCAGCCUCAGUGACAGCAGCGUCGUGAUGGUAGCAUCAGGGGGACUCGACUUCCCUGCGUUCCACCCCCUCCUGAUGAGGCACCUUGUUGUUGUGGCAGCUCUGCACCCAGACAUGCUCGGCUGUCAUCUCUUGCAGCUGCUGGAGCAGCAGGUGGUGGGGGGAGAGCAGGCCAAGAACCAGGACCUGAGGGAGAUGCACAAGCGGCGCAAGCGCUACGCGGACGAGCGCAGGAAGCAGCUGGUGGCGGCCUUGCAGAGCUCCGAUGAGGACAGUGGGGACUGGGUGCUGCUCAAUGUCUACGACUCCAUCCAGGAGGAAGUGAGGGCCAAGAGCAAGCUGCUGGAGAAGAUGCAGAGGAAGCUCCGGGCAGCAGAGGUGGAGAUCAAAGACCUGCAGUCUGAGUUCCAGCUAGAGAAGAUCGAUUACCUUGCCACCAUCCGCCGGCAGGAGCGUGACUCCAUGCUCUUCCAGCAGCUCCUGGAGCAGGUGCAGCCGCUCAUCCGCAGGGACUGUAACUAUAGCAACCUGGAGAAGAUAAGACGAGAGUCGAGCUGGGAUGAGGAGAACGGCUUAUGGAAGAUCCCGGAGCCCAUCAUACUAAAAACCAGCCUCCCAGUAGCAGUUCCAACUGGGCCACAGAGCAAGCCAGCCCGCAAAACCUCUGCAGCAGACAAUGGCGGCGAGCCACACAUGGAAGAAGACCGCUAUAAGCUGAUGCUCAUUCGGAGUGACAGUGAAAACAUUGCUAGUAACUACUUCCGAUCCAAGAGGGCCAUCCAGAUCCUCAGCACAGACCCCAUGAAGAGCCUCACACAUCACAACUCUCCGCCAGGCCUCAGUUCCCCACUCAGCAACAAUUCUACCAUCCCACUCACCCAGACCCCUGAAAUGCCCCAGCCCAGACCCUUCCGCCUGGAGUCCCUCGACAUCCCCUUCGCCAAGGCCAAGCGUAAGAAAAGCAAAAGCAACUUCAGCAAUGAACCUCUGUGAUCAAGCUGCCUGCUGUUAUCUGCCUUUAGGCUUCUAGAAACUUCCAGGCCUCUUUGCCCUCUCCCCUCGUGCCCCAGGCCUCAGCCCUGGGAAGACACAUUCCCUUCCCUGUUCCCCAGAGAGACUGCCUUGGCUCAGGGCAAGGCUUGAUCUACUUAGUGGCUGUACCGCCCUCCCGAGAGAAGCCUAUACCAGCUGUUCACUCCACAUCAGUGUUUCCAUCGAUUCUCUUGCCACGGAGCCCUCCAGAUUGGGUCUGCCUUCAUGGGCUCCAAUGUCUCAGGGUGUUCACCAGCAGUCCCAACAUUGGCACAGCCACUGGCACAUGGAUGAAACUCAACGUCUUGGAGAUUAAGACUUGUGCUUCUGUGUGAUUUGCCCUUCCCAGGGAGGCUUGCUCCACACAGUAGGCUCAAGUGGCGACCUGAGGCAGCCAGCCAUUCUGCUCUGCCUGUUCCUGGCUGGGCUGAGGAUCUGAGAAGGCUGCUUCAAACUAUGU